GAAAACGUAGUUGGGUGUAGAGCGUUUCUUCGUUUCAAAACGAUAAAAAAGUCGUCCCCUAUACUCAGUAAACCUAGAGCAACCCAGCAGGAGAAGCUGAAGAUCUGCUCUCCAAAUUCCAACUCACACAAGAAAAUGGCGCCGUCAGGGAAACCGAUCUCAAGCCCAGUUCCAGAUGCCUGGUACCCCACUCUCGCCGUACUUCUGCUCGCCGUCGGCCUUGCCAUCACCGCCUUUUUCUUCAUUUAUGAAGCUACUUCCUCUAGGAAAAAUCGCAAUCUUGCAAAGGAAUUGACUACUGGUGCGUUUGCAUCAGUUUUCCUGGGUUUUGGAUCUCUGUUCUUGCUGCUCUCUUCUGGUGUCUAUGUUUGAGUCUUUAACAUAAAAAGUAGACAACACAUGAGGUUUCACAUGCCUAUGGCUUUUUCUCACAUUCUGAACCUAAACUAAGCUUGGCUUCAAGUUUUGAUGUCUAGCGAUCGUUUAUCAUUUGUGGUACUCAAUUCAGAUGGUAUUAAAACGUAGAUCAUUUGGUUCA